AUGAAAAGUGGUUCAAGCAAGACAUCGGCAAGCAAUCCAGUGGCAAUGAUUCCAGCGAACAAUGACGAUUUGAAAGCUAUUCAUUCCAUUGAAGCAAUUUUAGGUAUAAAAAAUCUCGACAAUCACCCACUACAUUCUCAACAGCAGCAACAGCACUUCUUCCCCAAUCAUUUCCUACCACCGACAAAGUUCUACCCGCCAAAGUCAGCAGCAAGUAAAAAAAGAAGUUCGAAUGAACUCUAUCCCGAAAGUAAAGUGAUGCGUCGGAGCAGUGAUGAGACUGAUCCAUUGAAUACAAGUAAAAGCAUUGGCAAUUCUGAAGAAGAUAUCGAAGAUUUUGAUGACGAAGAUAAUGACAGUAAUGAUCGCGCAUUGUCAAAUCAUCAUCAUGGUUCAAAAAAGAAACAUCGUCGAAAUCGAACGACUUUUACAACAUUUCAAUUACACGAACUCGAACGCGCUUUUGAAAAAUCCCAUUAUCCUGAUGUAUACAAUCGAGAAGAAUUGGCAACCAAAAUAAGUUUACCAGAAGUGCGAGUUCAAGUUUGGUUUCAAAAUCGCCGUGCGAAGUGGCGUCGACAGGAAAAAGCUGAAGCUAGUACAUUAAAAAUUAAUCCUGACUUUCCAAUGUCAAGUUUUCCUCCCACAUCUCGGCCCACAACCAACUCUUCCUCAUCACCUGUUUCAUCCGCAAUACCAAUCGAUCCUUGGCUUAUCUCGCCAUUCGCGAAUACAACUAUACCCUUUUCAAACAACACAAAUUCGUCGCACAAUACCAACAGUGUACCAUUUUAUCCAACAAAUUGUAAUGUUUCGUCCCUGUAUUCCUCAUCACCUUAUCCGACUCCACCACCACCAUCCCUACACCAUCCUUAUGGAUCAUUUUCCUCCGAUCCGAAUGAUAUUACCAAUGAAAUAACCAACUUAAACUCGAAUCAUUCAACGAAUCCUAAUUCAAUUACACAUUUGCGUAUUAAAGCCAAGGAGUAUAUGAGUGCCAUUAUAGGAACAGGCAAUAAUACGAAAAACCACCUUCUAUGGUCUCAAGGUGUAUAA